AGUAAUACGAGCACUCUUACUAAGAACUCUGUUUCCAAAGGACUCAUAGAAGCACUCGAAGCUCGGCUCACACGUCUCGAAAAUGGUUUUACUGGAAUGUCUAACAGAGUCAGCACGAUUGAAGAUGUGCAGAACAAGGGAACUACGCAUGCAUCCUCUCUAUCGUAUUCAUCUGGAAUCCCGAGUGAUGUCCCACUUUCACAGGCGGAGGAUAGUGAAAGAAAUUUAGCUGACCUUGAAGAUCCAACUGAUGGAAUGGGCUCAAUGAUCUUUACAGAUGAAGAAGACUUGAGAUUCUUUGGACCAUCCUCUAAUAUAUCGUUCACACGUCGUAUUGUCACAUUAACAACCGCGAUCUUGAAAAAGGCUGCAUCAAUGGGCAGUCCAAUAUCCCCCGAAGAAUACACCAUAACAAGUCACAUCCCGCGUAUAUCUCGGCCCCCAUCUCCGAUACCGAUUCUUACUGGUCAUGUUGAUGCUGCUUCAAUUGGAAAAGAACCGUUCAUACUGCCACCGGAACAAGACACUCUCCACCUUAUAGAGCUUUAUUUUAGUUCAACCGGAACUCUUUUUCCAUAUAUCGACAAAGAAGACUUUCUUCAGACUUAUCGGCAGCUUGUUUCGACAAACAUCGCUUCUGUGCGGAGGUCGUGGCUUGGCUUGCUCAACGUAGUGCUUGCAAUGGCAACGAAUGCUAACACAGGUCAUGAUGUAACGCUAUCUGCGCAGGAGCGUACAUCCAAGUCAAAUAUCUACUUUCGCCGCGCUUCAGCUCUUUGUGAUCGACAGAUACGGCAUGGCACAAGUGUUGAGAUCGUCCAACUCCUGCUCUUGAUGAGCCAAUACCUCCAAGGUUCCGAGCGUUCGGUUGAGACGUGGAAUAUCCACGGCCUUGCUGUGAAGGCAGCUUAUCAAUUAGGUUUGCACUCUUCGAAUGCUCUCCAGCAGUAUCCGCCUCGAGAACGUGAGUUCCGCAAACGAACUUGGUAUGGAACACUAAGUAUGACGAUGGGACGACCAAUUUCUAUCCCGGAGCACUUUGUUAAAAUUGAACUUCCCCAAAUUCUUGCAGAUUCAGAACCAGAAGAUGAAAUGAGCGUACAGUUCUUCACAGCGACUAUAACACUUUACCGGAUCAUGACCGAUGUCCUUGACUUUCUAUACGGAAGCAAUUUAGGAUGUGAAGAUCAUCUUGAUGUUUUCGAGGCUGCCUCUUACCUCCUAAGAUGCGAGCAAAAGUUUUUCUCCUGGCAGCGUGACCUGCCAAAGCGAAUAUCAUUGAUAAGACCAGAAGAUAUAGAGCAAGAACCAAACGAGUUCAAGGUUAUGGGGCUGCGUAUUAUAUUGACACUGAGGUUUCUAAAUUUGCGCAUACUUGCACACCGACCAAUACUCUGUCUAUACUUGGAGAGCCUGGGAGCAUCUCAGGUAGAUCCUUUGCAGUUAGCUACAUUGCGUCAGGUUGGAGCGAACAGUGUCCAGCUUUGUGUUCAGUCGGCGACCACCAUUGUCGAUAUCACCAGCUGGGCGUUGAAACACAAUAGUCCCCGCCGAAAUCUGCUUGGUGCAUGGUGGUUUUCACUCUACUAUACUUUUAACGCAUCACUUGUGUUAUAUUCUGCACUGAUUAUCCAGCACCAAACAAAGCUAUGGGACCAGCCAAUGGCGAUGGAAGAGUUGCAUCUGUCCAUAGAAUCUCUUCAUCGCGCAACGGAAUGCCUAUCCCGGAUUUUCAAAGGAAAUAGAAUGGCAGAAAAGUGUGUUCGGUAUACUUCUGCACUUUCAAACUGGGUGUCAGUGAUGUAUAUUUCAGAAAGCAAUUCUGCCGUCGGAAUCCCUAGCAUGCUCAAUCCUUCAUCCAACAGAUUUGCCACGCAAGGGGUCUCUGAUGAUAUUGCGCAGUCGCACGAACACUUGCAUUUUUAUGAUUCCACCGACUUACACUUAGGGCUUGACUCCGGCGAGCUCCUAAAUCCAUCGGAUUUUAGCUUUUUGUGUAGAUACUCAGAACCGAAUAUAUGA